ACAUUUUUUCAGUUUUUUCUUGGGGUUGAAACUCAACCGUUGAGUUUAAUUAACUCACUUAAUUGCGUUUUAAUUGUGGUUUUAAAUGGUUAAUUUUGUUGAUUUCUUUUCAAAUUGCAAUACUUAUUAAUCAAAGAUUCGGUUCCAGUGAUGAAAUAUUUCUAUUGGUUUUGGCUCCUGAUAUGUUGUCUCUUAAGUCGAAACAGAUGAGAUUUACUUUGAACCAUCUAGAAGAAUGAAAUUUUAUUUCUUCUUCUCAUCUUCUAAUAUCAAGAAGCAAAUCAGAUUGAUCGUUAAAUUUUCACUCUAUUUUCUUGUCUUCUUGGCUCUGCUGGAAGCAAUCUAUUUCUUGUUUAUCAAUAUAUUCUCCAAUAGAAACUCCGACAAUGGAUAUGAUAUUGACCAUUACUAUGAACCUUUCAGAUUAAUCGAUCCAGAAAAUAGUGAAACAAUCAUCAUUGGCAAUACUCGGCCAACAGCAAUUGAAACGGUGAAAGGAUGUAAUCAUUUUAACUGUUUCGAUGUUUAUCUUUGUGAUCCAGAUGAUGGUCGAUUAAAAGUUUACCUUUAUCCAAUCAAAAGAUAUCAAGACAACGGUGGUUUAGAUAUUUCGGCUCAAUUUACUGAGGAAUUUCAUCAACUAUUGAAGGCGAUUCAAGAAAGUGAUUAUUUUGUUGAUGAUCCAAGAUCGGCAUGUAUAUUUAUUCCAACAGUUGACACUUUAAGUCAAAAUUAUUUGCGACCUGAAGAAAUUUCGAAAAUUUUUGCUUCUCUAUCUCAUUGGAAUGACGAUGGAAGAAAUCAUCUCAUCUUUAAUUUUCUUCCAUCCUCUAAUCCUGAUUAUAACCAUCGAUUAAAUAUUAAACUUGGAAAAGCGAUGAUUGCCUCAGGAGGUUUCGAUAGUUGGUCUUUCCGUCCACAAUUUGAUUUAUCAAUACCAGUGUUUAGUCCUUUUAGUAAUCAAUACAUUUUUCGUUCACCCGAUGAUGAGGUCAAAUUAACCAGUUACGGUCGAAGACAUUGGCUUUUAAUGUGCCCACAAAUUAAUCUUUUUAUUAAUCCGGUUGCCAAAAAAAUUUUAACCAAAAUGGAGGAAGACAACUCUGAUAAAUUAAUCCUUUUAGAAUCUCAAUGUGAUCUGACAGUUAAUAUAUCUUCCUGGAGGUGUAAUAACCAAAGAAAUUUGAAACUAAAAUACCCUGAGAUUUUAACCUCUGCCGAUUUCUGUUUAUUCAUGGAAACGCCAUUUUUAGGAUCACCAUUUCUCAGCGAUGCUCUCAUGAUGGGCUGUAUUCCGGUGAUAAUUAUGGACAAUUAUGUGCUCCCCUUUCAAGAUAAAAUCGAUUGGCGAAGUAUAUCAAUCAGAAUUACCGAACAUGCUUUUCAUCGUUUGAUGAACAUUUUAAACGAUAUAUCAACCGAUCGUAUCACUGAGAUGAAGGAGCAAGGGGUUUCUAUUUGGAGACGAUAUUUUAGCUCAAUUAAAUCGAUUACAUUGUCAACAUUAUCUUUGAUCAAUGAAAGGAUAUUCCCACAAUCGGUGAUUACUCGAUCUAAAUGGAAUCAUCUAAAAAUCGGUUCCCAUUUAAAACCUCUUUCUCUGAUUAACCCAAAAUUAUCAUCUAGACCUUAUAAAGGCUUCACAGCGGUGAUACUCACUUACGACCGAGUGGAAAGUUUGUACCAAGUCAUUCAUCGAGUUGUUCAAGCUCCAAGUUGUGUGAAAGUUUUAGUGAUUUGGAAUAAUCAAGAAAAAGACCCUCCUCUUGCCGACGAAUGGCCUAAAAUUAGCGUUCCGUUGAAAGUGAUCAAAACUAAAAAGAACAAAUUAUCCAAUCGAUUCUAUCCAUUUAAAGAUAUCGAAACUGAGGCCAUUCUUGCCAUCGACGAUGAUAUUAUAAUGUUAACACCAGACGAACUUGAGUUUGCUUUUCAAGUAUGGAGAGAGUUUGCUGAUCGAAUCGUUGGUUUUCCUUCUCGGGUUCAUCGGUGGAAUAAUUUUACUCAUAAAUAUCGCUACGAGUCUGAAUGGACUAAUGACGUUUCCAUGGUUCUAACGGGAGCUGCUUUUUAUCAUAAGUUUUACAAUUAUUUAUACACUUUUGAGAUGCCAAAGGUAAUCAAGGAUCAAGUAGAUGCUCAGAUGAAUUGUGAAGAUAUCGCGAUGAAUUUUCUUGUCUCCAAUGUCACCGGAAAAGGACCAAUUAAAGUGGCACCAAGGAAAAAGUUCCGUUGUCCCGAAUGUGUCAACGGCGGAAUGUUAUCCAAAGAUGUACUUUAUCAUUUGAAUGCUCGAUCAAAGUGCAUCAAUGAAUUUACAGAAAUUUAUGGCUACAUGCCUUUGGAAACCGUUGAAUUCAGGGCAGAUCCAGUUCUGUUUAAGGAUAAUCUCCCGGAGAAGUUGAAAAAGUUUCAUCACAUUGGUAAUCUUUAAAUUCAAGGGAAGUUUAAAUCUGAUUACAAAUCCAAGGUGACAAUUAAUUUCCCGUCAACAAUCAGCAUGAUACAUGUAAAUAUACUUUCUACAAUAAUCUAGUCUCUCUUUUUUAAUAUCUGCCAAAUUAUCUUGAUAUACAAAAUUUACUGAGGCCAAACUGUAUUAUAAUCAUACCUCUAAUCAUUUUGAUUAAUUUUAACUCACAAAUUGCCACAAAUUAAAUGCUAACAAUUUAUCAUGACACAACAUAUGA